CAAUUUAAAAAAAUGUCUUACCUUCUACCUCAUUUAAAUAGUGGUUGGGCAGUUGAUUAAGCAAUUUUAGAUGAAGAAGAGAAACUAGUAAUCAUCCGUUUCGGACAUGAUUGGUAAGAAUAUUAAAUUUUAAUAUAGGGAUCCUUAAUGUAUGUAAAUGGAUGAAAUCCUCUACAAAUCCGCUGAAAAAAUAAAAAAGUUUGCAGUUGUCUAUUUAGUCGAUAUAACAAAAGUUCCUGAUUUUAAUACAAUGUAUGAGCUAUAUGACCCAGUUACAGUUAUGUUUUUUUAUAGAAACAAACAUAUGAUGAUUGAUUUGGGAACAGGUAAUAAUAAUAAAAUAAAUUGGGCUAUGAAUGAUAAAUAAGAGUUUAUUGAUAUUGUUGAAAUAAUUUACAGAGGGGCCAGAAAAGGAAAAGGUUUAGUUGUUGCUCCUAAAGAUUAUUCAACUAAAUACAAAUAUUGA